GUUGAUCAGAUUUGUUUGCAUUUAUUGCACAAGCUUAAAUAUUAAGGGAAAAUAGUUUACACUGAUACAGAGUUCAUGUCGGAAACUUUCCCAAGUUUAAUGUUAGAUUGUUGUUGCUGUUUUUGCACAAACGCCUUUUUUUCUGCGUCACUAAAAAAAAAAAAAACGCAAAGGUUUAGCUUAGCCAGCUAGCCAGUGCGAGCAGAGAGCUCUGGAAGUGUGUGUGUGUGAGAGUGAGUGAGAGUGUGUGUGUGUUUAGGAGUGACAUAACAUAACGGAUUAUCUUUUCCGUUCGUUUGCGACUUUUGUUUAAGUUGCAACAAUGAACUCGAAGAACCUGAAGGCUUUCCUGGAGUCCUCUCUGAACGAGAUCUUCAGGGCGACUGUGGACAACAUCCUGGACUCUGUAGAUCAGACCCUGGCCGAGUAUCAGGGGCAGAUCCGGCGCAUUACAUCCGAAAAUGAGACUUUGAGAGAAAAGCUUCGAGCUCAGGAAUCCACCGCAUGUCAGGUGAAAACAGUGAGUAAGGACCUCGUUAUUGCAGAUGGAGAUUUGACAUCGGCUUUUCUUCAUCAUCCAACUUUACUCAUACAUAAGGGUCCAGGGAAAGCUUCUCAGAAGCAGAAGGAAAAUUGGAGAAAGACGGCAGGAAGCUCUAGGCCUGUAUUACUGAAACCAAGCCUGCUUCCAACCGACAGCCGAACGCAUCAGUUAGACGAAGGAGCGCCGAGUACCACAGUACCUUAUGUAAAGCUUGACCCAGAUGACGAAGAUGACGGACACCCGUUAAAGCAUCAAUCCGCUGUUAACCUUACAGCUAAAAUGAUUAAAGUAGAAGGGUCUGAGGAACACUUUUCAAAAUGUUACAUUGGAUCUCCAGCAAAUCACUCCAGAGCCAGCGACGAUGAGAUUCAAGUAACCAUGGUGUCCAAUAAGCACAUGAGCAGUACUAUGAGCGAAGACGAAAUCAGCGAUUUGGGGCACCACGAAUCUGAGAGAUCGGCACACAGCGUAUCCGAGGAAGACGUCGAAGAUCCAACAGAGGACCCUGUGCUUGGCGUCUGUUUCGAUGGUGACGUUGGACUGGCUUUAGAAUCUGACAAAGGAUUUAUAGAAAUCUUCCAAUCAACCGGUUUGCCAGACUCGAAGGAGCUGAAAGACAGCAAAACCUUCCACUGCGCGCUUUGCGAGAAGAGCUUUGGUCGCAUGGCGUCACUUAACAUACACAUGAGGACUCACAGCUCGGAGAGAGCUCACAUCUGUAGUUAUUGUGGCAAGGGUUUUAGCCGAGCUGACCUGCUGAAGAACCAUCAACGCACCCACACGGGCGAGAGACCGUAUUCCUGCAACCUGUGCGGAAAGAGCUACGGUCAUCAGGGCCAGCUCCGGAUCCACAAACGAACCCACACGGGCGAGAAACCCUACGCCUGCCCGCAUUGCGCCAAGCGCUUUACCGAACACAACCAGCUGAAAGUGCACCUCCGGACGCACACGGGCGAGCGACCGUACUCAUGCAGCGUCUGCGCCAAGACCUUCGCCAGCGCCGGCAACCUUAGGAUUCAUCUUCGGAUCCAUAGUGGAGAAAAACCUCAUUGCUGUGGCCAGUGCGGAAAGCGGUUCAACAGCCAAGGCGACCUCAAAACGCAUCUGCGUGUGCACACAGGCGAGCGCCCGUACCACUGUGACCUUUGCGAGAAGACGUUCAGUCAGGCCGGCCACCUGAGCAUCCACAUGCGCAUGCACACAGGCGAAAGGCCAUAUGAAUGCGGGAUAUGCGGCCGCACCUUCACGGUGGCCAGCAGCCUCAAGCUCCAUCAGCUCACCCACACUGGGGAGAAGCUGCACACCUGCGUGCACUGUGAGAAAAGCUUUAGCAGAGCCAGCCAUCUGAAAAGACACGAGCAGCUCCACGCCAAAGAGCAAACCGUACUGAUGCGUCCGGAUGAGUCCUUGCAGAUAGAUUUGGAAGAACAAAAUCUUCAUGGUGGUGAUGAAGUACAAAAUUUGGAAGGAAUGGAGUAAAUGAAGAAUCCAUCCCCGCACACGAUGGCCAGAUUAUUAGAUAACCCAUUAUUUUAGGCCGCUUUAUAUUAUUGGUUUAGUAACAACACCCAUUAGCCUAUUCUGCAGUGGAAGGGCACUACCCUUGAGUGAGUGUUAAUUAGGUGGUUGUUCAUUCCCGGUACAUUGCUCACCCUGACGCUUGUAGUUUGGGUCGCACGCUGAUUGUAUCGGACGCAUCAGAAAGUGCUAUCUGAUGUCUUUCA